CUUCAGCUAGCUCAAUUAUAACACCACUGCCAGCAGCCCUCAUCACCCAGCUGCCCCCGGCACCCUUUCCUCUCCUUCACACUCUACACCCGCAACCACAAGCACACCACCAACAAGCUCGCCGGUCGCCAUGGAGAAGUGCAGAUCGGUGCCGCACGAGCACGCGGCGGCGUACUACGGGUGCGGCGGCGGGUACGACUACGAGGACGUGGGCCGUGGCGGCGGUGGCACGGCGGUCAAGUCGUACAGCUUCAACGGCCCCAGCGCCGGCGACGACCCGGAGGCGAAGCGGCGGCGGCGGGUGGCGUCGUACAACGUGUUCGCCUCGCAGGCCCGGCUCAAGUCCUCCGUCCGUGGCAGCUUCAAGUGGCUCAAGUCCAAGCUCUCCGACGUCCGCUACGGUGGCCUCUGAAACUUUUUCCUCCCAGCCUCCAACGAACCCUCCAUGAACCGAACCUCUACUACAUAUACGUGCAUAUGCAUGAAGGAGUGUGUAUGUGUGUGUGCUACUGCUGCUGCUGCUGCUGCUGCUAUACGUGCAGGCAUGGCCCCCAAGUUGCUGCAUAUAGGUGUGUACUGUUUAAUCACAUGCCGUAUUUGUGCAUGUAUGAACUGCUGCUGCGUGUGUGUGAUGCUAAGUUGCUGCAUGGUUAACUGCUGGAUCCAUCCAUGGAUCGGUCUAUGUGUUUUUGGUUGCCUUUUUUGAGACGCUAAGAACGGUGGUUGUACUCUUAUAUCCUCCUUAAGCUGCAGAUCAAGAUGUAUCAAGCCAUGCUCUCUGUUUUUCCUCUAUGAAAAAUCUGUGUUCUCCUUUAUCGAAGAAUGAAAAAUCUGUUCUCUCUUUUUGUUA